GAGCCGGAAGCGGCCGCCCGUCCCGCGGCUGUCCGCGCUGCUCGCCUCCAGGGGACAGGGAGCGUAGCAGGACCAUGGCGGGGACCCUGCGCACCGUGCUUCAGAGGCCCCCUGGCCAGCUCCAGAUUGUAACAAGAGGUGUGGAGUCACUCAUUUGUUCAAAUUGGAUUCGUCACAAAUUUACCAAGUCAAGAAUUCCUGAUAAAGUGUUUCAGCCUUCACCUGCAGAUCAUGAAAAAUAUGGUGGAGAUCCACAGCAUCCUCAUAAAUUGCAUAUUGUUACCCGAAUAAAAAGUACAAAAAGACGUCCAUACUGGGAAAAAGAUGUAAUAAAGAUGCUUGGAUUAGAAAAAGCACAUACACCUCAAGUUCACAAGAAUAUCCCUUCAGUGAAUGCAAAACUCAAAGUGGUGAAACAUUUGAUAAGAAUCCAGCCCCUGAAGCUGCCCCAAGGACUUCCUGCAGAGGAGGACAUGGCCCACACAUGUCUCAAGAGCACGGGGGAGCUGGUACUGCACUGGCACCCAAAGCCCUGAUGUGAGCACGACUGCACGGUUGAACACGCACAUCACUCUUGUUUAAACGUGCGGAGAGUGUUCUAUUAAACUUGUCACUGGGUGA